UCAGUUUUCACUAAAAACUACAGAGACACUCGCUGAAAACAGAGGCACAGAGAUUAACACUGCGCAACAAAGAGGCCAUUUUCUGAACGGAGAAAACCAGAAACCAUUAUUCCAGGUUAGGAUAUUAAUGGCCUCAUCAAAGCCCAUGUAUGAGAUGGUGAGUCACAUUAUCGACAUAAAUAAGGAACCAGAAGAUCUGAUGAACACAUCCACGUGUAACAUCUACAGAGUGCCUUGCAAUCUUCGGAAUCUGAACCAGGAAGCCUAUACUCCUCAGUUGAUCUCCAUAGGACCUCUUCACUUUGGCCAAAAACAUCUGAAUCCAAUGCAAAACCAGAAACUACGGUACUUCGGUUUUUUCUGGGCUCGUCUCAAUAAUAAUAAUAACAAUGGGGAAGCCAUGAAGGCCUACAAAGAGUACCUUGAAGCUGAAGAAGAAGCAAUUCGCCAUUGUUAUGCAGACAAAUUAUUACCGUUUACUAAGGAAGAGUGGGUGGAAAUGAUGCUGUUGGAUUCUGUAUUCAUCAUGGAGCUUUUUCUUAGGAUUCAAGGGGAUAAAACAGAGUACGAGGAUGAUAUCAUAUUGAAACAAACAUGGCUGAACAAGAGUGUGCAGAGGGACCUGUUGCUGCUAGAAAACCAGAUCCCAUUGUUCAUCUUGGAAAAGCUAUAUGCAACUGUGGUUCCCGAGAGAGAUAAGAAGCAUGGCAAGUUUAUUGAACUCACCUGUGACUACUUCAGGUGUUUCCAUCCUUAUAAAAAGAGCAAAUCAUAUUACGAUGAAGCUAAGGGGUUCUCCGACAGGUUUGGCUUAUCGGAGAAGAACUGGAAGAAAGAACCAAUGCAUUUCACUGAUAUGAUCAGGUACUUCUACCUCUAUAAGGAUCUGACACUGCGUGGAAAAGGAGCGUCUUGUAAUGGCCUUAGGACUGCCACGAAGUUGCAGGAAGCAGGAGUGAGCUUCGAGAAAGUUUUCGACAAACACUUACUUGACAUAAACUUUUUGAAGCAUCGCAUCUUAAGCUGGUUUCUAUGCUUGGGAUGUAUAUCAAAAUUUACAUGCUUCAAAGCCCGUUUACAAAUCCCACAGUUGAAAAUAGAAGACACAACCGAAUGUGUUCUAAGAAAUCUCAUUGCCUUCGAGCAGUGUCAUUACUCAGAUCAACCUUAUAUCUGCAACUAUGUCUUUUUCAUUGAUUCUCUCAUUCACACCAAAGAAGAUGUUGAAUUGCUGGUUGAGAAGGAAGUCAUUGUUCAUGAACUUGGGAGUGAUAAGGAAGUAGCGACUUUAGUGAAUAGUCUCUGCAAACAUGUUGUGACCGACAAGACAUGCUACAAAAGCAUCAUAGAUGGUCUGAAUGGACAUUACCAGAAGGUUUGGAAUCAUACAAUGGCUUCGUUAAGGUUGGUGUACUUUCGAGAUCCUUGGAGGGCAAGUUCAACUGUUGUCGGAAUCGCUGUUCUCAUAUUUGCAGUUUUCAACUUUUAUCGAGUUGUUAAAUCAAUAUAUUUACAUCCCACAGCGCCACAUUGGUUUUGAUUAUAUAUAUAGUUGUCAUCUGAUAUAUAUCAUUGUUGAUUCAGUAGGUUAAUUAUUUACUCUUAAGAAAUGAAUGGUGAAAUGUAUCUAAAAUGAUAGGUUCAGAACUUCUGGGAAAAGAAAUUCAUGGUGCUUAUUACUAUUUUCCAGUUCUUGCGAUUUUAUUGGAGAGGUUUGGGAUAAUGAAUGAUGAUUGAGGGA